UUGGAAGAGUAUAGUGAAAUUCUAUCGGUAAAUUUCUUAAGUAAGUGAUCCAUCUAAGUUCAUGGAUGGUUCAUGUAAGCAUUUCAUCUCGUUGAGCUUGGCCUGGUUAGCUUUCUUGUGUUUGUACUUUACUUUUGUCUCAGCAGAGCUGCAGCGAUUCCAACAGCCAGUAAAAGCCGAUGGGUCACUUAGCUUUCUGGUGAUAGGAGACUGGGGGAGAAAAGGAGCUUAUAAUCAAUCGGAAGUGGCCCUUCAGAUGGGGAAGGUUGGAGAGAAACUAAGCAUAGACUUUGUGGUCUCAACUGGAGACAAUUUUUAUGACAAGGGGCUGGCCAGCCCAGAUGACCCUGAUUUCAAAGACUCAUUUACCGAGAUCUACACUGCAAACAGCUUGCAAAAGCAUUGGUAUAGUGUUUUGGGGAACCACGAUUACAGGGGAAAUGUGCGGGCACAGUUGAGCCCCAUUCUAAGGAGGAUAGACAGCAGAUGGCUUUGCCUAAGAUCUUUCAUAGUUAACACCGAAAUGGCGGAAUUGUUCUUCAUCGACACCACUCCAUUUGUUGACGAGUACUUCCGAAACCCAAAGCACCAAAAAUUUGACUGGAGAGGAGUGAUUCCUAGGAAGAAAUACCUCAGGCGGGUUCUUAAGGAUGUAGAAUCGGCACUGAGGGAGUCGGUUGCUAACUGGAAAAUAGUAAUUGGACACCAUCCCAUCAGAAGCAUGGGGCACCAUGGUGACACCAAGGAGCUCAUAAUGCAGCUUCUACCAAAACUCGAGGCAAAGAAUGUCGAUAUGUACAUAAAUGGGCAUGAUCACUGCUUGGAACACAUCAGUAGUAUCACAAGCCCACUCCAAUUUUUAACCAGUGGAGGAGGUUCGAAGGCAUGGAAGGGUGACUUUCAUUAUUUAGACCGAGAUGAAAUGAAAUUCUAUUAUGACGGGCAAGGAUUCAUGUCUGUAGAACUAACUCAAACCAAUGCCAGGAUUGCCUUCCAUGAUGUUUUGGGCAAAGUUUUGCAUAGCUUAGAUCUAUCCAAGCAACUCUACACUGCAAUGUAGUUUUUUUACUUUGAGAUUGAAGAAUAAUGACCAAUUGAGUCAAGUUUUAGAUCAAUCACGCUACACUAUUAUCCCACUGGAAAUUGAUCCAGCAAGUCACUGCUUUGAAAGAACAUCCAAAAAUGUUUGUGAAAAUGAAAAGAGGAAAUGGAAAAAGGUAACAAAAAUAAACAGGAAUGGAAGUAACUGCUAAUUAGUUUCGCUACCUGCCCUUACAGAUAAUGGGCAUUUAUUUGUACCCUCACGUUGAUAGUCAGCCACACACAUCAGAGAUCCUUUUUUGUUCAUAGGCCUGAGUGCAGCUAGUUGUUAGGUUUAUAGCAGUUCUCUGAUCUGAAAUUGUUGAUCAA